AUGGAAGAGAAGAAGGGAGGGUCUGAUAAUGAAAGAAGGGAUAUUGGCAACUUUCUAGAAGCAUUGAAUGACUGUAAUUUGCGUGAUUUGGGCUUCAUAGGUCAAUGGUUCACGUGGGAAAGGGGGCGCACUAUGGCCAAAAUGGUACAGGGAAGACUCGAUUGUUUCUGUGCCAACAAGGCAUGGUUUGAUUUGUUCCCGGAUUUCCAAGUUGAACACUUUGUGCGGGUAAAAUCUGAUCACUCUCCCAUCUUUAUUCGACAGAAAAGGCCUAAGCGAAAGCGGAGAAGGGGGAAGAAGUCUUUUAAGUUCGAAACGGCCAGGCUGUUGGAGGCCUCUUGUGAACAGACAGUCAAAUCGGCUUGGAGUGACUCAGAAGGAAGAAGUAUGCUGGACAGAUUAUGCUUGAUACUGGGUUCGUUGAGAAAUUGGAGUGGGAAGCGGUUUAUUAAAUUCAACGAACAACUUGAUUCCCUGGAGAAAGAACUUCAAGAGAUGCAAAGGAAGGAUAUUUCGGAGGACCAUAUUCGCAUUUGCACUGAGUUAGAGAGGAAAAGGGAGGAGGUGUUAGAUAAACAGGAAGCCUAUUGGUACCUAAGGUCACGAACAACAGAAAUAAAGGAUGGGGAUUGA